GUCUCCAGGCCAGGGCAAUGUUCCGCACGGCCGUCAUGAUGGCGGCCAGCAUGGCGCUGACCGGGGCCGUGGUGGCCCAUGCCUACUACCUCAAGCACCAGUUCUACCCCACGGUGGUGUACCUGACCAAGUCCAGCCCGAGCAUGGCUGUCCUGUACAUCCAGGCCUUCGUCUUUGUCUUCCUCUUGGGCAAGGUGAUGGGCAAGGUGUUCUUUGGACAGCUGAGGGCAGCAGAGAUGGAGCACCUUCUGGAACGUUCCUGGUAUGCUGUCACUGAGACAUGUCUGGCUUUCACUGUCUUUCGGGACGACUUCAGUCCCCGCUUUGUGGCACUCUUCACUCUCCUGCUCUUCCUCAAGUGUUUCCACUGGCUGGCUGAGGACCGCGUGGACUUUAUGGAACGCAGCCCCAACAUCUCCUGGCUCUUUCACUGCCGCAUUGUCUCCCUGAUGUGCCUCCUGGGUGUCCUGGACUUCCUCUUCGUCAGCCAUGCCUAUCACAGCAUCUUGACCCGUGGGGCCUCUGUGCAGCUGGUGUUUGGCUUUGAGUACGCCAUCCUGAUGACAAUGGUGCUCACCAUCUUCAUCAAGUACGUGCUGCACUCCGUGGACCUCCAGAGCGACAACCCCUGGGACAACAAGGCCGUGUACAUGCUCUACACCGAGCUGUUCACAGGCUUCAUCAAGGUCCUGCUGUACAUGGCCUUCAUGACCAUCAUGAUCAAGGUGCACACGUUCCCGCUCUUCGCCAUCCGGCCCAUGUACCUGGCCAUGAGGCAGUUCAAGAAGGCGGUGACGGAUGCCAUCAUGUCUCGCCGCGCCAUCCGCAACAUGAACACGCUGUACCCAGACGCCACCCCGGAGGAGCUGCAGGCCGUGGACAACGUCUGCAUCAUCUGCCGAGAAGAGAUGGUAACUGGCGCCAAGAGACUGCCCUGCAGCCACAUUUUCCACACCAGCUGCCUGCGCUCCUGGUUCCAGCGGCAGCAGACCUGUCCGACCUGCCGCAUGGACGUCCUGCGGGCCUCUCUGCCUGCGCAGUCCCCGCCACCCCCCGAGCCUGCGGACCAGGGGCCUCCGCCUGCCCCCCACCCACCUCCACUCCUGCCCCAGCCCCCCAACUUUCCCCAGGGCCUCCUGCCCCCCUUUCCUCCAGGCAUGUUCCCACUGUGGCCCCCCAUGGGCCCUUUUCCACCUGUCCCGCCGCCCCCCAGCUCAGGAGAGGCUGCAGCCCCUUCGUCCACCAGUGCGGCACUGUCUCGGCCCAGUGGAGCAGCCACUAACACAGCUGGUGCCUCCACCCAGGCCACCGGCUCCGCCGCCGAGGCGGGCCCCACCCCAGGCUUCCCCUUCCCGCCUCCCUGGAUGGGCAUGCCGCUGCCUCCCCCCUUUGCCUUCCCCCCGAUGCCCGUGCCCCCCGCCGGCUUUGCUGGCCUGACCCCUGAGGAGCUGCGUGCGCUAGAGGGCCACGAGCGGCAGCACCUGGAGGCCCGGCUGCAGAGCCUGCGCAACAUCCACACGCUGCUGGACGCCGCCAUGCUGCAGAUCAACCAGUACCUCACUGUGCUCGCCUCCCUGGGGCCCCCCCGGCCUGUCACCUCCACCAGCCCCACUGAGGAAAGCGCCCCGACAGCUGUGGCUGCCACCUCCACCAGCUCCCCCAGCUCGGAGGCUGUCACCUCGUCCCCAGGAGUCUCCUCAGCUGCCCCUGAACCUGAGAAGCCUCCAGCCCCUGAGUCGGUGGGCACCGAGGAGCUGCCCGAGGACGGGGAGCCUGACGCAGCAGAACUCCGCCGCCGGCGCCUGCAGAAGCUGGAGUCUCCCGUUGCCCACUGACACUGCCCCAGCCCUGGCCCCUGCCCCCACUCUCGUAAGCAGCCCUCGCUGGAUCGCGUCCUGCCACCAAGUGCCAGCUCCCUCUCUUUGCACCAGGGAGUAGUAGCCCCCAACUCUGAGACAGAGGUGGCGGCAUCCCCAGGCCGGGUGGAAAGAGGCCCGAGGCCCGGAAGACUGCGCCCUUAACAGCCCGGCCGCCGUGCGGGUCCCGGGUCAGCUCCGGCCUUGCUCUCCGACCCUCAGCCUGGGUUCUGCUGGGGCCAGGAAGGUGGAGGCGCCACCUCUUGAGAAGCCCCCUCCUCGCCCCCUUCUGGGGGCGGGGCAGCCCUCUGAGCCCACGGCCUGGAGGCCUGCUGCAAUGCCGACCAGUAUUAGCUCCUGCUCUCGAGUGUGGCUGGAGGCGGCUUAGGGGCUCGCUCCCUGGCCCACCCACCAAGACUGCUACCGGAUUUCCUUUACUUGCCCUGUCAACCCAGAAGCCCUUGCGGUGGUGGCUGUCCCCUUUAUGCCCUGUGGCAUUUCCACGUCUUACUGGCAACUACAUAACUCAGGGGAAGGAGUGCCUGGGGGUGAGGGGGCAGGUGGGCAGCAUUGAGGGACCCUGCCCUCCCUCACCCCAGACCCCUGCAGUUUGUCUUAGGUGAGGCUGCGCCUGGUCUCACCCAGCAGCCACUGCCCAGUCUCACUGCAGGCCGAGGGCGCGUGCGUCUGCUCCUGAACCACUGCAAGCCCCAGAACCUACCGAAGGCCGCUUCUCAGCUCUCGGCACUUUUCUUGAGUUUAGAAGAGUCGGAGUUACUUCCUUGCUGUUGUCUUUUGGAUUAAAUUUGGGCUUUGAAUGCUUGAACCCAGGGAAGAGAAGCGCCAGGCUCUUGGUCUUCCCUG